AUGAACCUCCCAAGCAACGGCGAGUCCAGCCGCCCAUACGCCUACUACUCGCCCCCACAGCCCCAGGACAAUAAUGCCGUGUUUGAAGCAUUCGAGGCUUACUCGUUCAACGACGACCCUGAAUUCAGAGCGGGUCUGCCGGCAGUCAUCAGCGCUAUAAGAGGGCAAAAGAUGAACCCAGCGAGUAUCGACGAGAUGCUCUCCAGAGCUCAGUGGUUUUACUUUACCCGAAAGCGGAACGUUCAAAUCCCCUGGGAAGCCUAUGUCCACUACUCGCGCCAACCCCACUCGUCUCCUCCUCGCCAAAUAAUCCCCCGAGAAGGGCUCCGCCAGCUCGACUCGCUAGCAGAAGCCAGGCGGAUGAUGUCGGCAACGUGUAAUGUGGGCAAUGAGGGCAUGAGCUUUGAGAUGCUUGUACGGCUUAUACAUGAAGGGAGGGCAGAUGAAGUGCCGAGGGAGGAUGUGCCAGAUGGAAUUCAUGAUGGCCCACCAUCACAGGCCACGAUGGCGCACCGACCAAAACCAUGGGAGUCCCAGACCCUCCUACCAGACACUUCCUUGACCCAUUCCUUCUUCCAGCCCACCCCUCCCUCAAACACAAACACCUGCUCCACUCCCUCCACUUCCGGCACGGCCUCGGCCGACCCAAACGCUGAGACAACCGGACUGGCCUAUCACGGAGGCGUCUUUGAUCUCACAGGUAUGCAGGGCUAUGGCGAGAUAAGUGAAGAGGAUCUAGCAAUGAUACUAGGUGGAGAGCACAAUGUUGAUCGGGCUGAGGGGGAGAGCAAGACGGAUGGAUGGUCGUGGCUGCAGCCUCCAUGA